CGCGCCGGCGACGGGCUCAAGUCGUUCUCGGUGCACGACAUUCUGAACCAUCGCAGCUCGCGGCGCAAGUGCGCCGUGCCGACGCGUAUCGUGCGGCCGUGGGACUGUGACGAACGGCCGGCGCCGGCGCCGCCGCGCGCCGACAAGCCCGACCGGAAGCGCACCGCCAACGACAACAACAACCCGCUCGACGAGCUCUUCAAGAUGACCAACAAGACGCUGCAGGACUUCAAAGACGAGAAGCAAGGCGACAACGUCAACAUGUUCGCCGCCCGGCCGCCCGUGAAGAAGAAGCGCAAGUCGCGCACGGCAUUCACCAACCACCAGAUCUUCGAGCUGGAAAAGCGGUUCCUGUACCAGAAGUACCUGUCACCGGCCGACCGAGACGAGAUCGCCCAGUCGCUCGGCCUCUCCAACGCCCAGGUCAUCACCUGGUUCCAGAACCGGCGGGCGAAGCUGAAACGCGACAUGGAGGAGCUGAAGCGCGACAUGGAGAACACGCGCGCCGGCCCGGCGCUGCAGCACCAGAAGCUGCUCAUGACCAGCCUCGGCAUCCCGAUCAAGCUGGACGAGCCGCAGGACCUCAGCGGUAAGAUGUGACGCUCCGAGGCUCACCGCGCCGCGCGGCGGUGAGACGGUCAGGUGUGAGAGCUGGAUCGCGGCUCCGGCAGCAGUCAGUGGCGCGCAAGAGCGGCCGACUUGUUUUUGUUGAAAGCUUUAAAUGAGUUCACGUCGCUGGCGCGUUUUUGUCGCAUUGAUUCGGUUCGCGCCGUGCGCCAUGCGACUCCGCGCACGUGACGACCACAUGCGAUCUGACUAUGUGUGUGCGUGUGUGCGUACGUCGGUCGCCGCGUGCGCCGCAGGUGUGCGUGCGGGUGCGUUGUCGUAUGUGCGGCUUGAGUUCCUAGAUUUUUUCAUGCAAGUUUCUGUCCGGAUCGAGCAGAUUAUGACCAUUUUGAAGCCGGCCGCCGUGCGCCGCGCCCGUAUCCCAGCGCAGACGCGGGCUCUGUCCGGCCCGUCUCGCAGCGCGACCUCCGUUUGGGAGUCCCCAAGAGCCAAAGACCCUUCACUAUCCCCACUGUCUUCCCAUGCCUUUGAGUGACGUUUCGAUGUUCGAUGUUGCUCUGCCAAGUAGAAGUUACUAGCCAAUGUGAUAAUACGAUAGUAUACCGUGGCGGUCUUAUGAGUUGCGUCGGUGCUCGUGGUUCAUAAGUGUUUCGUCGUCAGGCUGGCCACUCUCCUGCUGUCGACCCCCGGAAGUGUGCACCUUCUUCUGACGCUCACCUGUGUUACAAAUAUGCUGUAAAUAAAUGUUAUUUAUGUGAUGUAA